AGAUGGCGGUGGCUGUGUCUUCUGUGGCUGCUCUUUUUUUAUUAACGGCAGCUGUUGUGAUCUUAACGGCAGAGUUUGCUCAUGGAAACACCCCUAAAAGGGCAGUCGACGGCCCCGACGCGGAGGUCACCGGGCUCUCGGUCCCCUUGGAGCACUCGUUCGAGCUGGGUGAGGACCUCUGACCGUAGCGACACACUCGUAGCUCUCCGUCUGUCUCGGUCCCUGUCCGCGAUGCCCCCCCUCACGGCGCUGCCUCUUCCUCCAGACGACACGCCGCGCUUCCGCCUACGGGGCUCCGUGCAGCUGCGGGGGAGGGAGCCCGCCGCAUCGCUGUGGCAGAACGCGCUGACGGAGGAGGAGCGGGCCGUGCUGAAGGAGGUGGCUGCGGUGGACGGCCUGUACCGGGUGCGGGUGCCCCGGGUGUUUGUGCAGACGGAGAGGCCGUCGGAGCGGCAGGCGGAAGGCUACCUCACCGCGUUCGUCCGAGCGUGCUCGCUGGUGGAGUCCCACCUCAGCGAUGUCAUCACCCUACACACCGAUGUUGCGGGCUACCUCAUCGGUAUCUCCAUAGUGACGGUUCCGGGCACAUGCCGAGGUGCUGAGGUCGAGGAUGAUGUGGACCUCGAGUCCUUCAACACCACACUGAGCAUCAUGGGACCUGUCAGCGCCCCUGCGCCCGAGACCGCUCUCUUCAUCGAGAGGAUGGAGCAGGAAAUGGAAAAGAAAGGCAAAAACCCUCAAGAGCAGAAAUCAUUCUUUGCAAAAUAUUGGUAUUUGAUUCUCGGAGGCGCGGUGUUCCUCAUGGCCACGAGUUCCACACAACCCUCCCCAGGGGGCACCAGAGAACAGAGCUGAUUCUCGUUUGUUCCAAGUACUGUACUGUCAGUCCCUGCGCUCAUCCUCAUCCUCUUCCUCACUAACUUUCACUUUGCGAGUGUCUUCACUGCAUGCGUUCACUGCUCCCUCGUGUCCUGGGUCAAACCGAGGUGACGUGAGCUCUGAUAUUUGUGGGAUUUACUGGCUUUACCGUGAUCUUUGUUGUACAGCUCAUCCGCUGUUCAUCAGCCCUGUGGCAUCAGCGUACUGUGUGGUAAUGCAGCGGAAAUACUGAGUCAGCAUGUCAUCUGGUUUGGACCCGGUGCUCAGCUUCCCCCUUGGGCUGCGAGCUCUGCUGUUUUCUGUUAUGUUUUCCUUGGACGUCAAACACACGCUUAUGUAAUAGAGAUACAGGUGUUACAACGCUGGGACUCAAUUAAACUUUGAGAACAGUGUGUCCUCUCUGAUGGCCCACAAAGCCGUAGCCUUGAGGCUCCAAGAUGGAGAUGGAUGUGUGCAGCUGGGCUGAGCUACUGGUGUCCUGCUGUUAGCUCAAGGCUCUUUGAGCAGAUUGACGCUGGUGAGAUUCUUUCUGACGAAAGGCAAGCAGGGCUGGGCGAGGGUCGAGUUUCGGCGCUCAUCUGCGAAUCGGCCACCCCCCGUGAUCCGCUUGAUUUGGGGCAGUUGGCAGGCUCCCUAAGCCAUGGCCUUGCUCCACCUUUGGCCUGCCUCUGCCUCGCCUCUCUCAAUGCUUCUCUGCACCUCCUACUUGCAAUGUGAUCAAUCCUGGCUCUCGGUGAGGAUUCUGGACAAGUAACAUUGGGCUUUGGAGUUGCUGAAGUCUUUGAUUCACCCAGUGAUUACAGAGCACUGAUUCUAAUCUGGAUCACUGAUUGGUUCAUGCAUUGUGGUGUGUUUCCUGUUGUCUCUGCUCUAUUAAUGCUUCUUUUUCCCUGUGCUGUUUUGCCUCUCCCUGUUUUUUCUGU